AUGGCGAUCCCAGAAGUUGCCAUCGGCGGUGUCGUCGCAAAUGUGAUUCUUGUUGUGCUCGCAACUAUUAUAGUAUCCCUACGCUUUUAUGCGAGAAAGAGAAGUAAGCUGGCCUUGAAAGCUGAUGAUUGGUUGAUUCUUUUAUGUUUGAUAUGCUCAAUUGCGUUAUGUGUUGAAUGCAUCUAUGCAGCGGCGAGUGGACUCCGAGGAGUUCAUCUAUCGACUUUGAGCUUCCCAGAUAUCGAACGGUUCUUUGAAGUCCAGUUUGCGGAUACUUUGAUUUGCCAUUUUGUGUAUGGACUUAUCAAGAUAUCAGUCGUGGUCUUCUAUAAACGCAUUUUCACCAGUCGGACCUUCAUCAUCUGUGCGAAUACUGUAUUGGGCAUGAUUUCGUUGUAUAUGAUUUUGUCAUUCUUCCUGUUCCUUUUUUCGGCUCAUCCCGUCGCAGCAUAUUGGAAUACUACACCCGAGUUGAUUGGCACUCAGUUUAUUCUGGAUGUUCCAAAUCUCGUCAUCGCCUGCGCAGCUGUAGAUAUCUUCCUUGAUAUCGCAGUUCUCAGUCUUCCAUUCCCUGUGAUCAAAGGCCUUCAUAUGCCGACAGAGAAGAAAGUUUAUGUAUCCGGUGUCUUCCUUCUCGGUGCUUUUUGUCUCAUCUCAUCUUGCAUUCGGCUUUACUAUUCCCAGAAACUUUUUGGAACUAGCACACCUGAUCUCAAACUCGACGAAGAAGUCUAUCUCUGGGCUCACAUCGAAGCCUACGCCAGCACUAUAACUGCAUGUCUUCCAUGUCUCGCACCUCUUCUCCGCGGCGGCCGCAGCCUCGGCUCUAUGAUCGGCAGUGUGCGUUCCAAGCUCUCUAUUCGCAGCAAGAACAGCUCCUUGUUUCGAAAACACUCUUCUGACUCUACGUCCAACAAUCUGCCAAGCCCUCUCUCCGAAAAGUCACCUUGGAAUGACGAUGGAUCAGGACCAACUUCAAUUGUUACGGGCGGAGCUAGAGAUUUGGAGAGUCAGAGAUAUCCCAAUUACCCCGAGGAGAGAAUUUUAGUCGAGAAGAGCUUUGUUUCGGCUGCUGGAUCAGCGGUUAAUUGA